AUGCGUUUCCCAGACGUCCCCAGAGGACCCUCUGGCCAUUGGGACUGCGCGGAAUGCGGGAGUCCGCGGGGACAUUUGCACGUUUUGUUUUUAUUCCUCCAUCCGCCCCUCCCAAACCUCAACACGGCGGCUGAUCCAACGACUGCGACGGGAUCCGUUGCGUAUUUCUGGAUCUCUCUUGCGUUGCAGCGACAGGCUUGGUGUGUCCUGCUUGGCAGACACGGUGGACGGAAGUGGGCUGCCCUAUCGGGAAAACGAUGGUCACGGUGGAGCGUGUUGCGUACGUCGCAAUUUGGCGUGUCUGUGGCGAUCCUUGCGGAUGGUGUGACGGCGCCUCUUUUACUUGCGGGGAUAGAAGCGAUGCUCCACGGUGGUGCACACGUUGCGGGUGGAGGUUUCUCUUGCUGUUGGUUUGUGAACGUUUCUUCUUUCGCUUUUGCCGGAACACCACAGAGGGCGGUGUCUGCGGACAGCAGAGCAUUGCGAGGAGGGGCAUCACCCGAUUUUUGGCGCGAUGAGGCGGCUUCUGUGACUUUACGGUGGUUAUUUUCAGGACUGAGAGACGAUCUUUUGCUGGAAUGUAUUGUGGGAGACCAUCCGCGUUUUUGUUUUUGUUAG